AUGGCAGGAGUCAUACGUACAGAGGUUGCAGACAAACCUGCUAUCAAGCCAUUGAAACCUUCGCAGGAACGCAUCGUCGGGAACACGCCCUUCCUCGACAAGCUAGAGACCGACAUGGUUGACAUACUUGUCGGCCCUAAGAAGAAGCUAUUCCGAGUUCACAAAACCUACCUCUGCCGACGCAUCCCAUACUUCGACAAGAUGUUCAACGGCGUGUUCAAAGAGGCGGGCGGGGUCGCCGAGUUGCCAGAGGACGACCCGGCCGCAUUCGACCUGCUCAUGGAAUGGACAUAUUGCCCGAAUCCUCGACGACUGAGAGAUUUAAUUCCAAUCACCGACUCUGACAAGGUAUCUCGCGCAUCGUGGGACGUGGUCGCUUUCUACACACUCGCCAGGAAGCUCUGCCUCCCGGACCUCCAAGAUAUCAUCAUGAAUUCCAUGAUCCGGUAUCACAAAAGAUGCAAUGAGCUACCCUCCAUCGACUUUGUAAGUCGAGCCUGGGUGCAGGCAGGAGAAGAUUCCAGACUGUGCGACUACUGCCUUCAAAGCAUCCAAUGGGUCCUAGCGCCUGACGCAGAACAGGGCGUCAAGUCGAAAUGGCCAACAAACGAAGUAGUAAAGCUGUUCCAGGACCAUCCUAGCUUCAACAAUGCAUACAUCAAUCUGAGCCGCAGUGAUGCGCCGGAGGAUCCCCGUGAGAUUGAGAGCCUGUGCUAUUUCCACGCCCAUGGCGCUGAUGAGGAGUGUCCGCCCAACUACAGGAAGAGGAAGAAUUCGGAGCUUGAGACUUCAGAGGGGCAGGUCCUGAAGCGAGCAAAGGGGGGACAUUCUUCUGCUUAA